CUGUAAUGUAUUCAGUGCUCUCAGAUCUGCAGCACCAUACACAGUGUGGGGAUUCAUUCCUGCUGGAUACUGUAUCAGGACGGAGCAGCCUAUGGAGUAAUGAGGAUAUGGAUGGACAUUCAGAAUUGGGCCGGAAAGUGAAAAAUGUACCAUCCAGGGGACUGAAGACGUGAAGCAUCUGCACUAAUAACGGCAGUUUUACUAGAUCAUUCUGCAUGGUUCUUGGGAUUUUCUUCAUUGGAUUGGUAUUAGGAAGACUGCACUAAUGGCUGCAUGAAUUGGUCCUUGUUCUGCGAUGGAAACGUGGCCGGCGGUGGCCUGGUUCCUGCUCUUUAGUCACAUAGCUGACUGGCUGCAAACGGUUCACUCCCGAGACUUCACAGUGCAAGAUAUCAUCUUCCUCUAUCCAUCAACAACGCCAUACCCCGGGGGAUUUAAAUGUUUCACCUGCGAAAAGGCAAGAGAUAAUUACGAGUGCAAUCGCUGGGCCCCAGAUGUCUACUGCCCAAGAGAUACCAGAUAUUGUUACUCUCAGCACAUAAUGGACGCAUCAGAGGAAAGUGUGUCAGUGACUAAGAGCUGUGCAUCACUGGAGCAGUGCCUGAACACGGGGUGCAGAGAGUCCGGUCCUCAUGGGCGCAAGGUCUGCACUUCAUGUUGUGAAGGGAAUAUCUGCAACAUGGCUGUACCCAGGAACGAUACAGAUGCCGUUUUUGCAACUACGUCCCCGCUGAGUCACUCUCAGAGACAUUCUGGCCACAGCGCCACCUACCUGCUGGGCUUAUUGUCAGCCAUAUGGCUGUUACCAACAUGAGCCCCAUCCAUACCUUGGACGUGUACAUAGGAUUUAUUUAUGGGACUUCCGCAGCUCUGUACGUUUGUAUAGAUUUUUUUUUGUAUAGAAUUAUUUUAGACGCCAGAACAAACGUAUUACUAUUUAGCAAUUAUGCAAAUGUACAUAUAUUAUAUAGAUAUUGUAUAUAUCAGGGUCUUCCUGGAGAUCAGGCUGGUUGUGGCUCAUGUGUAGGACUGAUACAGGCAAAGGUGGAGCUUUUGUCGGCAGCAAGAUAAUCACUGGUUGGAUUUGGAUUGGAUUUUUACUUGUCAGAAAAAAUUAUCUGAACAUGGAAGCUUGCAGUCAGUGAAUGGAAAUAUACCUGUUUAAAUUCAGUAACCAAAAACGUAUCCUGAUCAUCUGCUGUGGACACAGAGGUUGUUGGUAGCCCUAGCUCUGACGACACGGUGCCAUACCUCCCAACCGUACCUUUUUUUUUUCAGGAUUAUCAUUAAAAAGAGCAACAAAAAGACAGGGCUAUCUGCAAAAAAAGGGCUUUUCUAUGUAACUUUAGGGUGUUCUAGAUAUCAUGGGACUGGCCUCAAAUGUCCCACGAUUUGAGAUAUCACUUUUGGGAGGUACUGAAUGCACUUAACGUAUACAUUCAGUGACUGCUAGCAGAGAUCUCGAAAAUUGUAAGGAAUUAAUUAAUGCAAACUAUAUUAUUAUAGACUAAUGGUCUUCAACUAGUGGCUCUUCAGCUGCUGCCAAACUACAUCACCCAUCAUGCACUGAAGGCUGUUAGGGCAUGAUGAGAGUUGCAGUUUUCCAAGAACUGGAGAACUACAGCCUUAGGCCGCAUGCACACGACCGUGGUGUGUUUUUUUGCGGUCCGCAAAUCGCGGAUCCGCAAA